AUGGGUGACCCAAUUUCAGCUCGAAAAAGUCAUGACACAACAUUGAGAAACAGAUUUGAAUUGGAAAAACGUCGUCUUUCUUAUGACAACUAUCAUUCUGAAGCCAUGAAGACCCGAUCAAAUUUGGUAUUAUCACCUUCAAUUCAUACCCAAAAGCAAUCUUUUAGAACAAAAGAUGAAAUAGUGAGACACAUAUCAAGUUUACCAAGUUACCUUGAGUCAGGUAAAGCUACCCCAGAUAGAGCUUUAAGUUUUGGAGUCAUGGAUUAUGGGAGAUUAGAAAAAUGGCAAUAUCAGAAUCUUAAACAGGGGAUAAUUAAAAGUAGCAAAUGUUCAACCUCUAGUAGUGUAUCUUCUUCUUUAUUUUCAUCUGAUGCUUCAUCAUCUACCCAAUCAACCAUAGGUCAAAGGUGUUCUCCUGCUCCACGUGUAACCUUACAAUCUCAUUUCAACAUAUCAAAUUCUGGGAAUCUUGAAAAGCUUCAAGAUUUUAAAGAUUCUGAAAAGAAAACGUCAGAAACCAAGCGAAAAGAUUACAAAACAUACAAUUCUUGUCCACCCAAGAUUCCAGAAUCUAAAUCAUCCAUGAAUAUGGGAAAUCGUCAAACAAAUUUGUCAUCUUUGAAGGGAAAAAUGAAAAUAAAAAAUGAAGAGGGAAAUGAACCACAAGAUUCAGUUGUCAGCAAGACUUUACAAAUGGAACCUGAAUCUUCAAGAAAUCAAAGUAGUACUUCAAGAAGUCAUGUUCUUGAAGAAAAAAGAUCAUCUUUUUCUUCCAAGAUUUCAAAUCUUGAUUCUAGGAAACAAAGAAGCAUGUCUCCACUUCGUCGAUUUAGCUUCACAAUGAGCUCUAAGUCACCAAUUUCUCAAAAAUCAACAACAGGUAAUACAUGUGUCUCAAAUCGAUCUUCUUCAAGUCCUUUAAGAAGGUUAUUAGAGCCCUUAUUUCCAUCAAAAGCAACCAACACUCAUCGGGAAACUGUCGCGAAAGUGUCGGGAAACUGUCGCGAAGCUAUAACUGAUACAAAGCAAGCUCUUUUUCAAACAGCUAUCAAGAAUGGGCGUCCUAUGUUCACAUUUGCAGUUGAAAACAGCAACGCCCUUGCAGCAACAGUUAGGGAUUUAAGUAAAAAUAACAACACUUGGAUUUAUACAUUCUUCACCAUUGAUGAAGUCAAGAAAAAGAAUGGAAGUUGGUUAUCUCAGAGCAAAAAAGACAAAGAUUAUGUCCCUAAUGUAAUAGCUCGAAUGAAGGUUUCAAAUCGUGUGGUUUCUAAUUCAAAUUCAAACACUCGGGAGUUUGUUUUGUUUCCUGUGGACAAAAGUCAACCAAAUGGUCAAAUAUCAAAUGUCCAGCCACGCGAUGAGCUGGCAGCCAUUGUUGUGAAGUUUUCAAAGGUUGGUGAUAAAGAAGAGAAAUCAGAAGGAUUUAACACAACGGUGGUGCUACCUGGCGGCAAUCAUGGUGUUUCAAGUAAAGGAAGGCCUACACCGCUAAUUGAGCGGUGGAUCACUGGUGGUGCAUGUGACUGUGGUGGUUGGGAUUUGGGCUGCAGAUUAAGAACACUCACAAAUGAAGUGGAAUCUAGGAGAAGAUCAAAUGCAACAAGUGGUCAAUUCGAGCUUUUCUUUCAGGGAGAUAAUGUAAAUGAGAGAAGCUUCUUCAGUCUUUGUCCAUUAAAGGAAGGGAUAUAUUCGGUUGAAUACAAUUCAUCCCUUUCUGUUUUACAAGCAUUUUCUAUCUGUAUAUCGGUUGUGGAGUGCAGAAAAUCAACUCAGGAUACAGAAUCAAGAACAUACGUUGCUAAACAAGUAGAAGAUGAUCUGAAUCCAUUAAGUUUUGCAUCAUUUCCACCUCUUUCGCCUGUUGGAAGGAAAUACGAAACUUUAGUGGCGGAAGUAGAAUUACUUUUUCUUUAUGAGCGUGCAGACUUUCGAAAAUCUCAGAUUUUUACAAACUCUCUUAGAUUCACUCUUAACCAAGAUCCAAGAGUUACACUCUGUGGAUACAGUAUUCCUCAUCCUUCAGAAGCUAAAGUAAACAUAAGAGUCCAGACAACAGGUGAUCCAGCAAAGGAAGUAUUGAAAGAUUCAUGCCAAGAUCUCAUGAUGAUAUGUCAGCAUGUUAGGAGCACUUUUGAGCAAGCAGUUGCUGAUUUUAAGAACAAUGAAGACUCUGAAAGCCAGUAAAAGAAGAGCUUAUUAAGGGGUUGUUAAUUUUUGAUUUAAUGAUCUUAAUGGGUUAAGAACUUAAUUUGAACAACUAUACAUGUUUCUUUGUUUCCUUUUUACUUUAUUGCAUUUGAGAAAACUUGGACCAUUUUUACUAUUGUUCAAGAAAGACUUUAACUAACAUAUUAAAUUACAUCAUACGAG